GAUACAAGUAUAUUAAGUAAACCUCUGUGUAUAACAAAGUCUAUUCUAUUAUUUGUAUAGCUUAAUACUGUGUUGUUUCUUAGGCCACCUUAAAGAAAAAAAUGGUAAAGGAUGGCUUGUUAGACAAGUAUGGUAAGCCAAAUGAAAAUACUCCUGCUGAUUGGAGUUCAGUAUAUAGUGAUGUUAAAGUCAAAAGUGAAGUUGCUACGCCUGUUGCAAAAAUUCGAGAAGUCAAAGUUGAAACGUCCACUCCUAUGAAGCGAGAAGUUUCCGAAUCUAGUGGAGAAGAGGCAGCUGCUGCCGCUGUUGUAGAAAAGAAAAAGAAACAUAAGAAGCAUAAACAUUCCACGGAACAGGUAGAAGAAUCUCCUGCUCCUGAAGUAGAUUCCAUGGGUUCUGAAAAGAAGAAAAAGAAAAAAAAGAAAAGUUCCUCACAUGAUGAAUAAUUUCACUACAAUUAUUGAUCCUGAGAUCAUUUUAGCUGUCAUGAAUUUGUAUAAUAAAUCACAUUGUUUAUGUUUUA